UAAAGGCAGCAGUGUGCGCUGAGAGGGCUCAUGACCGCAGUAUCAAUACAUACCAGCUUAGAAAAGGAUAGAAUGUGACAAAUUAGAAAUAUACUUGGAUUCACGACAGGUUAGAAGCAGCAAUAAAUAGUCUGUUACAAAUACAUAAAUGUUGACCAAGGUUACUCAAGUCAUAAAUAGUAUAAAUCAAAGCUGCCUCAUCCAUUUAAGAUUCAUGGGAACAGCAUAUGUAACCUUCAUGAGGGUUUUAAACCAGAAAUGAUGACUUCUUGCCUUUUUCACAACACUCAGGAAGGAAGCAUUUCAAACAACAGAACGCAUUCAAAGUGACACGUCUGUCUAGCCUGCAUUAUUUGAUUUGACACGCAAUCUUUUGCUAAUGAGGCUAUUAAUAAUCAAAAACAAAGCAGGGAGAAAAAAAAAUAAACAUUUAUCUUUAAUCAGCAUUAAUUGAAUUACAAGUCAUGAUGAUUGGCAAUUGUGAAAAAAAAAUAGAAUAUAAACAUGAUGAUAAGUAACAAGAGGGUGAUUGAAUUAGUCUUUUUUUUUAUAAAUAAAUGGCUGCCUUUGAAGAUUGUAUUGUUGGGAAUAUAACCACAGCCACACACGCACACACACACACACACACACACACACACACACACACACACACACACACACACACACACACACACACACACACACACACACACACACACACUUGCGCACAAACACGCACGCACACACGCCCUCCUCCUCCUCCUCCUCCUCUGGAAACCUGUUCUGGAGGGAGUGACUUGAUGCAGGCGGCGUCCAAUUAUAUGGAAGCGGCACUUAUUCCACUUUAUUCCAGGCUACAGUUAAGUGGCUUGAAGCCGUCAGAGACACACGGGCUUGUAGUAUAAAGGCACAGAGUCGGUACCCAUGUGACAUGUGAACGGAAAGCUCGAGACAAAGGUAGAAACAUCUACUACAGCGCGUGAGGCGUCUGGCGGCGUGCAGAGGAGACACAGAGGAUGCUCCAAAUCAAAUCCAUGAGGGCUUCUUCUUUUUUUUUCCUCCCCUCUUCUCGAAAUUCACGACUUCAUAUAAAUGAUUCAUGAGAGCCUGUUUCUUUUUCUAAGGGAGUAAUUGCGCUCGCAGUGAGUUUCAGCUGAAGCCGAUCACUGACAGACACACACAGAGAGAGAGAGAGAGAGAGAGAGAGAGAGAGAGAGAGAGAGACUGUAGUAAAGCUGCGAACUAAGAGAGCGUGGAGAAAAUUAUAAAGUCAAUUAAUUUGGGAGUUUGAUCAGCGUCCCUGUAAACCUGCUCCGGAGCUCAUCAGUCAGAGGGAUCAACUGUUGCUGCAGCCGGAGCCACACAGAGACAUUCUCCAAGUGUGUCCGCCGAUCAGAAUGGAUGUUUGACCGUCACUUGGUCCCGCAUGCGGCCACACAUUAACAUGGAAGAGAGACUGAUACUGUUGUUGAUGGCUCGGAUACACCUUCAUCUGUCCUGAUGUGAUGCCACAUUGUUGCACUGAGGAGAAUGAUAAUAUCCCACUCUGCUGCCGGCGUUUUCUUACUGGCUGAUUAUCUUUGUGUGUGAAACAAAACACAUUAAUUCUGUUUUCUGUGAGCAAAGGAGCAGCUUUAUUACAACUCUCUGGCAUACGUCAACAUUGUCAGGCUUUUUUGUGACAGUGACCUUGCCUGGUUUUUGACUUCUAUUCAACGGGAGAUCAUCAUGCUGAUGAUGAUGAAGAACAGCGGCAUGGAUGCGCAUCAGGUUGAUAUCGAUUCGGAAUUUGAGCCUCACAGUCGGUCGCGGUCGUGCACCUGGCCGCUGCCGUUACCGGAGGAUUUCCCGGGGGUAGAAGAAGUGAGCAGGGGUCUAGCCCUGGCAUCGGUGAAGCUGGAGCAGUUCAACGUGCCCGCAUGCCGGGCCGAGAGAAAAGGCGGCGCACCGGCGGAGAUCAAGCACCCAGCCGGCGCCCCGGCCCCGGUCGUGGCCGCUCCUGCCUGCAUGUCCGGGGCUGCGCUCGACGUGGCUGGCCAGCUGCGCAAAGCCAAGUCCUCCCGGAGGAACGCGUGGGGGAACCUGUCUUAUGCAGACCUCAUUACCCGGGCCAUCGAGAGCACUCCGGAGAAAAGACUUACCCUCUCCCAGAUUUAUGACUGGAUGGUUCGCUUUGUUCCGUAUUUCAAGGAUAAAGGCGACAGCAACAGUUCAGCUGGAUGGAAGAAUUCGAUCAGACACAAUUUGUCCCUGCACAGUCGCUUCAUCCGGGUGCAAAAUGAAGGGACAGGGAAGAGUUCCUGGUGGAUGUUGAACCCGGAAGGAGGGAAGAUGGGGAAGGGACCCAGACGACGUGCGGCCUCUAUAGACAACGGCACCCGCUACCUGAAGACCAAGGGUCGCAUUAGUCGUAAGAGGGCAGGGGCCAUAGGCCUUGGACGGGGACAAGGUCAUGGUGCUGGACCCACAAUGCAAGGAUCCCCAGAGCAUGGCAGUCCAGCAGGGAAAGGAGGUGUCGGUUUGGGGGGUGAGGAGUAUGACACUUGGACGGACCUCCAUUCGCGUACUUCCUCCUCUGCCUCAACAAUGAGUGGCUGCCUCUCACCGAUCCUGGCUGAGGCAGAAGCUGAUGAACCAGAAGAGGGAGGACUGUCCUGUUCGGCCUCCCCUCGGCUGUACCCCAGCCCCGGCAGCACCAGAUCCCCAGCUCUGGGCACUGGAGGGCACUGCCCCAACGUGGAGCUGCCCCAGCUAACUGACCUGACUGGGGCAAUCAGUCUUGAUGAAAGCGGCUAUCCCCAGCCACCGCAAAUCAAAUGCAACGGUUAUCCCUACGUGCCUGGGCCCAAGGCGGAGGGUUCCUACUGUGGGCCAAUGUACACACAACCUUCCAUGGGCAUGCUGCGGCACCACACUCCCAUGGAGACCAUCCAGGAGAACAAGCCAGUUAGCUUCCAGCGCCCUAUGAGGGGCUACUCAGAGAACAAUGCCCUGCAGAGUCUGCUCACUGGAGGUCCAUCAUACUGCAACAAGGACACAUUGCUGGGCCAGGGACGAGAAACACACACAGUAAUGACACAGGGAUCCAAUGGCGUUCAUAGCCAGCACAGCCACAAUCAGAAUCGCAGCCACAAUCAUAACCACAAUCACAGCCAAGAGCAUGCUCACAAUCCAAGUCUACAUAAUGGCCAUGGCUCAGUCCAUGACCAGAACAGCCACCAUCAGAAUCACAAUCAGGGUCACAAACACCAACCCAGCCUUGACUAUAGCCACAGCCACAAGUCCCACCCAGCCCAUGACUAUGGCCCAAGUCACGAGCACGGCCAUAGUAACAAAGUAAAUGCCAGUCAUGAUCACAACCCUCGCCCCACCCAGAAUCACAUGCACAGCCACAACCCUCAUAACCCUAUGCACAGUGGGCCUCACCCCCAGGCCCUCUCACCACGGGUCAGCAAUGACAUCUUGCAGCCCUACAGCCUCAAGACCUCUAACCACUAUGGGCCCCGUCCACAUCUCCCAACAUCUCCAUCCCUGCCGCCCAACCCUGCUGGGGUCAUGGACGUUCCCCAGGACCCCUGCCGCCUGGCAUCAGCCCCUCACCCACGUCACCAACCUUACCCUGGAGCUCACCACCAGGGUAUGACUGAGUCCUGGCAUGGCUACUACCAGAACACACACCAGCCAGGGAGCGCUGGUUACCAGGGGCAACAGCACAACACACACAGUAGAAUGGCUGCCAAUCUGGACAUGGAUAGUGUCCCUAAUAGCCUGGACUGUGAUGUAGACUCCAUCCUUCUCAGUGACUUCAUGGACACAGAGAGCAUGGAAUUCAACUUUGAUGGCUCUCUAUCCCAAGGCUUGGGCAUGGGGGUGGGCAUGAGCUUGGGGGCAUUUACUUGCCCUCCUUCAGCACACAGCAACCAGAGUUGGGUGCCAGGGUGAACCCAAGCCCAAGGGUUUGAAUAGACACAUAAUCAAAAAAGCUCAACCACCAGGCCAGGCUGCUGGUGGGCUGUACCCUUGGACUGACUGACUGUGAUUCUGUUCCUCUGAGACUGUAGAACAAAAUACAAAUUGUCAUUUUGUUUCCUGGGGACUCCCUUCUUCCCCAUAUCCCCAAGUCCUACAGUUCCCUCCCCCGUUCCCCCGUUCAUGCCCUUCAGUUUUUAGUUUUGUUUUGUGUUUUAAUGGCCCCUCCCAAUCUCGUCCUGCCUGUUCUCAACUGUCAAGCACUUUACAUCUAUCCUUUCCAUACAGAUGCAGUAACAAAAAGACCAGGAAAAGUCAUGUUGUGUGCUGGCUUAAGUUUAAUGUAUGCAAUCCACUUCACAGUAUUAUCUUCUCCUACAAAGGAGGUGUUGUUUUGACUUAAGAACAUGAUCAAACAGCUGCAUAAAUACCUUUCAAUGAAGAGGUGCUCACAGAUUGGGGGUUAAAAUACAGAAGGAGGCUUUGAGGUUUAUGGAUGAAAAAAAAAACGGAGCUGUUAAGAAGACGAAAGAAUAAGACCUUAAGGGAUGGAGGGAAGAAAUAGAUGGGAAGACCAGGGUCAGACUGACUUCUCUCCCUGGUGGACAGUGUUUUUUCCUGUUCAGUUUAGAGCAAGAGGACAGUCAUCCAUCAGGCAACCAUCAGCACCACUCCAUUGAAAUGCAACAUCCUUUCUUUAAUCUCCAAAGUAAUGCCAGAGUGAUGCAUCACUAUUGCAAAUCUAAUGCGCUACUCUGUGUUUUUUCAGCCCCCUCUCCCUCCUCAACUCCGGACACACCGGCUUAAUGUGUUUUGGCGAAAGUGAUGAUUAAAGUCACUCUGCACUAAAUGGGGGAGGGAUUGAAAGGGGGUAGUGUUGGGAGGGGGUAUUGAGGGGAGAUGAUAGGAGAGGAGAAAUGCAAAUAUUCCCUCUGUGCCUCUUCCUCUCCAUUUUGUGGAUUUAUGUAGCUUUCCCCGUAAUGAAAUAAGCAACGAUCAGAGCCUGCUGCACAUCCUGAGGAGGUCCCUGAUUGGCCUGUGCUGGGCUGCCUCAGCGUGGCUCCUUCACCGGCUGACCCCAGAACGGCUUAGUGAGCAGCUGUGGUCAGGCCAGGAUGUUGAUGGAGCUGCUCUCCUCAGACCCCAGGCAACCUUGUCUAAUUCACUAACACCCAGGUUCAAGCCCACUAUAUGCUUUUACUCUUGCGAAUUGCACACUGAUGAACAGCGUCAGCAGAUUACUAUUAGGUGCUAUCUCCUCUUCCCAGGCUCCCCCCUAUCGCGCUGCCCCAUCCCGAGGUUACUCGGAGGGUAAACAAGAGUAAUUAACCGCCAAACAAGAUGGAUGAUUUAUGCAAGUGUGUGUAUUCGCUCAUCGGCACAAAGUCAUAAUUCUUCCCCUCACCAAGAACAAGCAGGGCGAUUUUUGAGAGGUGAUGCCUAGCGACAAGGUAAAGCGGCUGGCAAGCAGAGUGCUUAUAGUGUCCUUUUAGUCCUUCAAGCAGCCCCUUUACAAGCAUUCUCUACCCUGUCCUGGCCAUAGCUUUACUUUGCUGUUGUCUUUUCUUGUGCUUGUUCUGUGAUUGUGCAGUUGUCUGUCCUGUUACAAUACAGCUUGGAUAGGAGCUAUGGUGUGAGUUUUGUUUUCUACAUUCCCAGAGGGGGAAAAAAAAGGCACAGGGGGCAUUCACUAACCCUUGUCCUGGCACCUGUCCCACUAAAGAUAGAGAAAAUAGGAACAAGCGAGAACAAAGGUAGAUAGAUACAGAGAGGGACUGAAUGGGAGGGAGGCAGCUAAAUGAGUAGGCAGGAUCUUUGGGACUAGGAGAGAUUUUCCAGCUCGGUAGCUUUCUGUAGAAUUGGCUGUUUGAAUCGGGCCAAAUGUCAAGUGCUACUCAGCCAGCUCCGACGAGCUUUGACCAGAAAGCCACUUCUCCCUCCUGAUCAAGGACAAUGACGGGUAUUUCCAUACACUUUUCUUUUGCUUUCUUCUUUCCUUUUCAUGAGUUAAGAUGGCCCAUUGUUGUAACCCAACUGUAAUUUGUUCUCUGGCCUGUGUGCACUUGUGUGUCAAGCUUCUCGUGGGUGUGCGAGUGUGUGGGCGUGUGUGUGUAGCACAGUAAUGUACAAGAACUGAUUAAGGGAAUAUUGUUGAACGCUAACGUGCCCUGGUAUUGUCCAUGCCUGGAUGAGUGCAGCAUACAUAAUAUAUACAGUUUAUAUUUAUUGGUUAGGGAGAGGGGUCUAUGGAGGACCUUUCAGACCCUUCACUGCUUUUUCUUCUUAAAGGCAAAGAGGCAGAACGCUAUUUCAGUUUGAUUACAUUUCAUUCUGUACAUAAUCUAUAUUGAAAAAAAUUGUAUUAUAAUUUUUUGCAAAUAUCAAUUUCUUUUCUAAAAUGAUGUAUCUGCUCAUCUGGUGACCGUAAAAUAAAAACAAAUAAGAACAUAGAUGUUUAUUUGUGAGUCUCUU